UAGUAGGCUUUUCUCUGUAAUGUCAAACGCUUGAGCUAUCUAUCUAUCAUACAUAUAAUUGAUUUCAUUUCGGACAAGAUGUUACUCGGCAACCUUAAGCUCCUAUCAAAAAUCUCCCUAGCCGCUCCAUGGCGCUUUUCCCGCCGUACCCUCAAGGUGACCAUUGUGGGAGCUGGAGGAGGAAUCGGCCAGCCUUUGUCGGUAUGCUUGCGCGCUCUCCCGGGCCUUAAAGAACUAGCUUUGCACGAUCUCGCCGAUAUGAAGGGAAUAGCCACGGAUCUGUCGCACAUCAACAAGCCGGGAAUGGUGACCAGCUUUUCGGGUGAGAAGCAGCUGGAACAGGCGGUGAGUGGAGCCGACAUUGUGGUUGUCGCCGCCGGAAUGCCGCGCUUGCCGGGAAUGCAACGAGAACAGCUGAUGGCCGCCAAUGGCCAAGUGGCCGUAAAGGUGGCCACUGCCGUUAGCGCCGCCUGCCCUGGAGCCCUGCUUGCCUUUAUUACAAAUCCCGUGAAUAUGAUUGUGCCAGCCGCCGCGGAGGUUUUGAAAGCUAAUGGGAAUUUUGAUCCACGUCGUCUCUUUGGGAUUACCACCUUGGAUGUGAUCCGCUCGCAGAAGUUCAUCGGCGAUUACAUGAACGUCUCACCGGAAGGAGUGGAUAUUCCAGUAAUUGGCGGACAUGCUGGGAUCACCAUUCUGCCGCUCAUCUCGCAGUGCCACCCAGAGUUCAAGGGCGGUCCCGCUGAGAUCCAGGAAAUGACUCAUCGCAUUCAGGAGGCAGGCACAGAGGUGGUCAAAGCCAAGGCGGGCAAGGGAUCAGCAACCCUGUCGAUGGCCGUCGCAGGAUCCCACUUCGUGUACGCGUUGCGGCGUGGAAUGCAGGGAGACGAGGGCGUUAUUGAAUGCUCCUUUGUGGCCUCGGAACUGACGGAUGCCCCUUUCUUUGCCAGCCCUCUUGAACUGGGAAAGGAUGGGAUCAAGCGCUUCCUGCCACUUCCCGAGAUGAGCAACGCUGAACAGGAGGCACUGGCCCAGUUAAUACCAAUCCUGCAAGGUAAUGCCAAGGAAGGGAUUGAAUUUGCCCGAAAGUGCUUAGAGGAGAACGCGAAGGUUCUUCCCUCAGCUUUGCCGUGAUUAGUUUCAUUGUUUUUAAAUCAAAAACCUGUUUAAAAACACAUACUGCACACAAAUAUUUGGUAGUUUUAUAACCAUAAAAUACUAAGGCCUAAAAGCUAACCUCUCCAAAAAAUGCAGGCACUCUAGAAAGCCCAAAGGAUCUUUACCAAAAAUGUACACAAGCUUGACAGCUUAUAAUGUCACCAUGGAGACAGUCUAGACAAAGAAGCCAAAUAAAUACUAUUUAGGACUGGCA